CUCCCGCAGAACACCCAAGGAGCAAGUCAAGAUGCCUCCCCGCGCCCACUCCAAGACCUCUCGUGUCCCCCGCCGACCCUUCGAGUCUGCCCGACUUGACUCCGAGCUUAAGCUCGUCGGCGAGUAUGGCCUGCGCAAUAAGCGUGAGGUCUGGCGAGUCGGUCUGACUCUGUCCAAGAUCCGUCGUGCUGCCCGUCAGCUCCUUACCCUCGACGAGAAGGACCCCAAGCGUCUCUUCGAAGGCAAUGCCCUCAUUCGACGUCUCGUCCGUGUCGGUGUUCUCGACGAGUCCCGCAUGAAGCUGGAUUACGUCCUGGCCCUCAAGAUCGAGGAUUUCCUUGAGCGUCGUCUCCAGACCUGUGUCUGGAAGCUCGGUCUCGCCAAGUCUAUCCACCACGCCCGUGUCCUCAUCCGCCAGCGUCACAUCCGAGUCGGAAAGCAGAUCGUCAACGUUCCUUCUUUCAUCGUCCGUCUCGACUCCCAGAAGCACAUCGACUUCGCUCUUACCUCGCCCUUCGGUGGUGGCCGUCCCGGCCGUGUCCGCAGAAAGAAGGCCAAGGCCGCCGAGGGCGGUGAGGGUGGCGAGGACGAGGAGGACGAGGAGUAAAUGCAACCAAAAAUGCAAAAGCGGCUCUCCCUGUCUAGGGCACUUGGUGAUGGGAUACCACUCAUGGGAAGGGGAUUCUCUUCAUAGCUUGCGGCGUUGGCCAGAGGAUAAAAAUGGAAUGAUUUCACCGGAUAACGACAAACAAAACUUUCCCGGUGUCUCUCCUAACUGUGUAUAUGAAUCCCAUGAAACCUGAAUCCAAUUACGACAUCUACCCA